AUGUCGAACCUCAAAUCCAUUGCCGUCGUUGGUGCUAGCGGUAACCUAGGCCAAGCUGUGAUACCCUUCCUCAAACGAGCGAAUUUCGAUGUAACUGCUAUUUGCAGGUCAGACUCGACGGCUUCAAUCGCGGAAAGCAUCAAUGUCAUCAAGACGGAGUACACGUUGGGACCUUUGACCGAAGCUUUGAAGGGACACGACGUCGUGCUAUGCGUCCUCGAUCCACAAGCCCUAGCUGCUGAAGCGGUCGUCAUCGACGCUGCUUCUAACGCUGGUGUGAAAUGGUUCAUUCCCAGCGAAUUUGGCCACAACACGGCGGACGAGCGCGUCUUAUCCUCCUUACCAUUCCUAAAGGGUAAAUCUGAGGUGGUCGCUAAACUAGAGAGCAAGACCGUCAGCGGUAUGAAUUGGGUGGGAAUCAUUACCGGCUUCUUCUUCGAUUGGUGCUUGAGUCGAAAUUUCCUCGAGUUCGACAUCAAGGAGAGGUCCGCUACGAUCUGGGAUGACGGCAACACAAAAUUCCACGCCACAAACAUUGGAGACAUUGGCGCGGCGAUAGUCAACCUCCUUUCUGAACCAAACACCCUCGAGAAAGUCAAGAACACGUAUGUGUACAUCUCUUCGUUCGAGCUCACGCAGAACAAGAUUCUUCUCGAGCUGGAGCGGGCAACGGGGACAGACUUUCAGGUGAAGCGGGUGAAGAGUGAGGACAUCCAACGCAGUGCCAUGGAAAGUUUGGCCAAGGGCGAUGUCAACGCUGUUUUACCGCUACUACAGUAUAUUGCUUGGGGAAACAAGGGGCUGGGACACUUCAACACGCUGUCUGAAGAUGGAAAUGCUCUGUUGCUGCCGUCUCCUCAAGAGACCUUCGAAGAAACGAUUGAAAGGGUGGUAGGGGCUGCGAAGCACGGAUAG